AUGUACCUGAAAAGUGCACUGACCACAGUCCUGCUACCCUGCCUUUAUCUCUUGGUGCUCAGCAUUGGCCUUCCAGCCAAUGCCCUGGCUCUCUGGGUCCUGCUCACUCGAAUUAAAAAGCUGCCCUCUACCAUCUUCCUGUUGAACCUGGCAUUGGCUGACCUCCUCCUGACCCUUUCCCUUCCUUUUAGAGUUUCCUACUAUCUACUGGGAAACAACUGGCCCUUUGGAGAGCUGCUGUGUCGGGCCUGCACUGUGCUGUUCUAUGGGAAUGUCUACAGUUCCAUUCUGUUCCUAACUUGCAUCAGUGUUGACCGGUACCUGGCUGUUGUACAUCCCUUCCUCUCAAAGGAAGUCCGGAGGACACGCUCCGCAUAUUGCGUCAGUGCCACAGUCUGGCUCCUGGUCAUUCUUGGUCUGCUGCCUUUUUACAUCAACCAGCAGGCUUAUCGGAUCCACACUCUCAAUAUCACCACGUGCAAUGAUGCACUCCCAGACGAGGCACUGUCUGGUUACUACUUCUAUUACACUGCUUGUCAGGUGGUUUUAGGUUUUGCAAUUCCCUGUUUAAUCACUGUCUUUUGCUAUGUGUCAGUCAUUGCCACACUGGUGUCAAAUGGCAAGCAAUAUGCCCAAGCGAUAAAGGUCACACUGUUAGUUCUGCUAGUAUUCCUGCUGUGCCUUACUCCAUUUCAGGUGAUCUUGUUAGCCCAGUCCAACACACGCAACAGUGACACUUAUGCUUACACCAUGAUCUGCCAAGUUCUCAGCACCUUCAAUAACUGCAUUGAUCCAUUCAUCUACUAUUACAUCUCUGAAGAGUUCAGAGAUAAACUCAGAACUGCAAUCUCUACCCUGAGAAAUGAAACAAGUUCUGGAAAGUCAGCUCAGAGUCUCAUUCAGAGCAACAGCACAUCCCAGCCAGGUCACCAGCCAGUGUAG